AUGAAGCUUCUCGCUACCAUCACCUUCUUCGGCGCCUUGGCUGCAGCUGCGCCCAUUCUCGAAGACCGCGCUGCAACUACCACCGCGAAGACUUCCAGUGCUCUCAAGACCAGCAGCGCAGCAGCUGUCGUCAAGUCCAGUAGUGCGGUUGCAGUGGCCACUUCGAAGACAAGCAGUGCGGCUGCAGUAGUAACUUCGAAGGCUAGCAGCGCAGCGGUCGUAUCCAAGGCCAGCAGCUCCGCUAUUGUCUCGAAAGCCAGCAGUGCUGUCAUUUCAGUCAUCACCUCCAAGGCCAGCAGUGCAGCAUCCACCACCUCCACCAUUACUGCGGCGCCCACAACUGCUCCGUCUGCAGCUCCCACUGCUCUACCGUCCACCUUCUCUGCUCCUGUCCAGGGACAAGGCAAGCUCACCCUCGACAACCUCCCUGCUAUGCCCGCCGUGAUCGACAAUACCUUCUCCGGUGUUCUUGGUGCUGCCUAUGGCCUCAUGUCUGGUGCAUGCGACGCAUCAUACAGGUGCAACAUCACCGUAGCCGGUACGAUCAGCAAUCUCCUCGUCGACGGCAACAACUACGGCACCAACACCAGCGUGGUAGCCUGGUGCGAAGGUGGACGCUGCUAUGGUACCGCUAGUGCGCCCGUGACCGCGACGGCUCCUUUCGUCAUCACCUGCGAUCAGCUCAGCGGUACGCAAGUUUGCUCCGCAACAAUCUCGGGCGCCGCGAAUGCUAUCUUCCAGAAUGGACAGUCAGUUGAACUCUGGGGAUGGCUCACACCCGCCGGAUACUGCCAGAAUGGUGUGUGCACUGCAUCUAUCACAGCUGUUGGCGACCCAAUGUAUUGAGCGAGAUGACUGAGAUGAGCUUAUUGGCCGGUUCGAUGCAAUUAAGGAAGGUAAUGCCGAGGAGGACAAGAGAUUCUGUAUUGUGUCGAGUGUUUAUCUGUCAGGGUGUAUAGGCCUGCCUAAUCUCGUGCUUGCUUUGGGUUUUACUUUCAUAGCUGUUUCGAUAGGCUCAAAGCGACAUGAUUCUUCUUUCUCUUGCCUUUGACAGGGUUGAUAACUUCUGCCUAAGACAAAUGCCUCAUAUCACAGUACGGCGUGAGCGGAUCGUUGCCCAGAUUCCUUACUCCGCUUGACGCCAAAAU